UUCGGAACAAAGCACGUGGUUAGAACUGUUGACAUUUAUUUGUUUGUCAACAAUUCAGUUUCUGUUCAAGUACAUCGUGGUAGAGGUCUGUGCUUUUUUCCGGGAGUUUGCUUUAUUUUUGCUAUUUUAGGAAAUAACAAAUUAAAAAUGACGGUCUGUAUCACAUGCAAUGUUAAUACUACGAAGUACAAGUGUCCUUUGUGUAAGGCUUACUACUGCUCUUUACCUUGCUACACGACUCACAAAGAAGUCCCCUGCAAAGCAACGGAUGAUGAAACUAAAAACGUAGAAGUUCCAGAACCAAGGAAGCCUAUGCCAUUUAAGACCGAAGACACAGUCGACAUCACAAAAUUAGAAGCAUUAGAGCACAGCGAAGGUUUGAGGAAUCUUCUGUAUAAUCCCCAUUUAAGAAACUUUCUUAAGGAAGUGGACAGUGCACCGGACGCAUGGAAGGCUAUUCGAUCAGCAAUGCAAGAACCACUUUUUCUUGAAUUUGCAGAUGAAUGUUUGAAAAUUGUAGAACCUACAAGUGGGUAUGAUGAUCCUGUGUAGUUUUCUAGAAAUUUAUAUUUGAAUUAUGAAGGAUAGGUUAGUUUUCAAAUUUGUAUAGUAUUUUUUUUGAAUAUAUAAUUCUGUUACAAAGUUG